AUGACCUUUGACUACGCGACCACAGGCCUCCAUGCUGAUGAUGGUAUCGAAGAAUGCGCGGAUGUAGCUCCUCCUAUCCAUGUUACGACUACUUAUGAUUACCCCGCAGACCUGUCUACGGUGACACCUGGACUAGACGAUUUGAACGGUAAACCCAUUUAUUCCCGACUAAACCAGAACAAUGUUGAUCGAGUCGAAGCCGUGCUCGGUGAGAUUAUUGGUGGCCAUGCAGUCGCAUAUUCCAACGGCCUAGCCGCGUUCCAUGCCGCCAUGUUUUACCUGAAUCCGAAGGUAGUCAUGGUAGGCCAAGGAUACGCCGGGGUUGCAGCGAUGUUAAGCAUGUUGCAGCGGAACUACGGGGUGAAGCUGAUUGAUCUCGAUGACGACCCAACCUUGUUGAACAAGGGAGAUGUCAUUCAUCUGGAAACCCCCAUUAAUCCCUCCGCCUUGGCCAGGGACAUCGAAAAGUACUCGGCCAUCGCGAAAUCUCGGGGUGCAACUCUGGUUGUUGAUUCCACGUUCGCUCCUCCUCCUCUGUUCGAUCCUUUCAAGUGGGGUGCCGAUAUCGUUAUGCACUCGGGAAGCAAGUAUUUCGGCGGCCAUUCCGACACGCUGUCUGGCGUGCUCUGCGUCAAGGACAAUUCGGUUCGGGAAAAGCUGAGGUUGGAGCGCAUUGCUUUGGGCACAAUCCUGCCGUCGCUGGAGUCCUGGACAUUGCUGCGGUCACUGCGUACCUACAACAUGCGCAUCAAGCAGCAGGCCGAGUCUUCGAAUACGAUCGUGGCGUAUCUAUCCCAGCACAAGUCUGAGCUUCCACUCCUGCAGGACGUGAGUCAUGCGUCUCUCCAAACGGACGAGUACGUAAAGCGCCACUUGCCAUUGGGCGGAGGACCAGUGUUCCAGCUGACCACUGUGGAUCGCAAGUCUGCUAUGGAGCUGCCAGGCAAGCUCAAGCUGUUCCAUCACUGCACCUCGUUGGGCGGCGUGGAGUCGAUGAUCGAAUGGCGCAUCAUGACCGACGCAAGGGUGCCUGAUACUAUUCUGCGGGUUUCAAUUGGUAUCGAAAACACCAAAGAUAUUUUGGCGGAUCUUGUAAACGCUUUGGGCGGCUCGUUGUAA